AUGGCCCCCGGUAUCAGCAAGCGCCAGCAGGCGCGGAAUGAAAAGACCCUGGCGGAGCUGAUCCGGACCGUUCCUGGCAAUGACCGAUGUGCCGAUUGCGAUGCCUUGACCCCAGGAUGGGCAAGCUGGAACAUGGGCAUCUUCCUUUGCAUGCGUUGCGCCGCAUUGCACCGAAAGCUGGGCACACAUAUUUCCAAGGUCAAAUCUUUAAGCAUGGAUACCUGGACAUCAGAGCAAGUUGAUAACAUGAAAUCGCACGGUAACAUGCUUAUGAACAAAAUGAACAACCCGCGGGGUAUCAAGCCACCAAUUCCCGCCGACAUUGACGAGGCCGAUGCAUGCAUGGAACGGUUUAUCCGGCAGAAAUAUCAACACCGUUCGUUGGAAAAUGGGAAGCCAAAGCCCCCGAGCAGGGAGGAUUCGAGUUACUCCAACACUAGGGCUAUGUCCCCCGUGGAGCCAAGAAGGAAUGACUAUAACAUAUCCCCCGAGGGUUCUCCUCCUCCACUUCCGCCCAAGACUGGAAGGUUUUUCAAGUUUGGUCUACGGUCGUCAUCCUCUACCUCGAACCUCCGCCGAUUUGGUGGCAAGCCCAAGGUGACUUCGCCAACCUCGGACGAUGGAGCCUGGUCACCACCAUUGCCAUCCAGGAAGACGACAGGACUUGGUGCGCCUGUCGCCGAUGUGACAACGGCAUCUUUCGAGUCCAAAAUGGCGGCAUUGCAGCAGAUGGGAUUCACUAAUGACCGACGAAACGAGAUGGUUCUCAAGGGACUCCAUGAGGAUCUGGAUCGAGCGGUCGAAACACUGGUCAGGUUGGGUGAGGGGGGCAACCCUGCAGCAAGAUCCAGGACCCCGGCCGGGACAAGCUCUGCUGCAUCCGCACGCGUAGUAAUCCCGAAGCCUGAGACGUCCAAAAACCCAUUCCCUGUCACAACCGACAACACAUUCCCUGAGGUUUCCAACAACCCAUUUGACCGGGCUGUCUCAAAUCCUGUGGCCCAGUCGCAAACCCAGCAACCACAGACCGCUUCGUACAAUCCAUUUGACCAAAUGAACUCGAAGCCGGCAUCAACACAGCCUCUAGAAUCAUCUUUCCAGGGCCUGCAGGUUUCCCAGCCCUUGUUCCCCCACUCUACUGGUGGAUACCCGAACCAGACGAGCUCCAUGCAGCACUCUGUAUAUCAACAGUCCUAUACGCCUCCGGUCACAUCGACAUUCUCGCAGUCUCCCUAUGUUACAUCGCCUCAGCCAAUGGACAACAGCUACAAUCCAUUCGACCAGGCACCGCCGCAGCCGCAGGGUGGCUUGGGUCAGACAUAUCCCAACCCCAAUGCGCCGCAAACGAACCCUUUCUUCAACACUGCGCAGCAAAAUCAACCCAUGCAGCCACAACAACAGCAAACGACCCCACUCGUAACGCAACCAGGGGGCUUUGAACCCCCUCGCCAUGCAAAUACCAUGCCGGUCAUGUCUUCCGCCUCGCCAUUUGGACCAACUGCUUCUUUCCAAGUACAGCAACAGCAGCAGCAACAACAACAACAGCAGCCGCAGCCGCAACAUCAGCCCUCAAAUGGUCUGGGUGCUUACAACCCGUUCCAGCAAGGGUUGGCGCCGAACACAGCACAAAACGCAGGCGGCUAUUCCAACCAAUUCCAGUCCCACCUGCAACCCCAGCAGGCGCAGCAACUCAUGCCUCAACCCACUGGAAUGGACAAAAACAGCAUUCUUUCAUUGUACAAUAUGGCAACCUCAGCAACCUCAGCAAACUCAACAAUACCAGCAACCUCAACAACAUCAGCAACCUCAGCAGUUCCAGCAGCCACAGACCCAACCCCCACGAUGAACCCCUACUCUCAACCAUCAAACCCAUACACCUCCAUGCCCCAGACCCAGCAAGCCACAAACUUCCAGCCUCAGAACCAGAGUCAGCCCCAGCCCCAGCAAAAUUUCCAACCCCAGCAACCUACCGCCAACGCCCAGCCCGCCACAUCCAACAACCCAUUCUUCGGCACCGCCCCCACAGGCAGCGGAUCCGGCCUCGCCGCUCAAGCAGGCAUCAACCCAUACCAGCAACAAUCCUCAGGGCUAGGAAUUGGCGGCAUGAACGGCCAACCCGGGGUCGGAACUUCUCCCGGAACUACCCCGGCCACGGGAACGAACAACUCCCCAUUUUCGGGAAUGAGCAGUCCCCCCUUUGCAGGAGCAAACAGCUCCCCAUUUGCGGGAGGCAAGUCCCCCUUUUCAGGCCCGCCGCCUACGAACUCGGCGUUUCCUCGGACACACAUGAGCCAGCCGAGCGUCGAUGUGAGCGGGCUGCAGAAUGGUCGCCAUAGCCCUGAUGCCUUUGCUAGUCUGAGUGCUCGCUAUGGUUGA